AUGACCGAAGCCAACGUUCACAUGUGGGUUGCCUUCCUCACUCAGACUACAGCAGGGGUGCUGGGGAACUCCAGUCUCUUUUGUUUUUACAACUACACCCUCCUCACUGGACAGAAGAUGAGGCUCACAGACUUCAUCCUCAGCCAUCUGGUCUUUGCCAACAACUUGGUUAUUUUAUCCUCUGGGAUCCCUCAGACAAUGGCAGGAUUUGGAUGGAAGUACUUCCUGGAUGAUGGUGGAUGUAAAGUUCUUUUGUAUUUCCACAGAGUAUCCAGAGGGGUUUGUCUUAAUGCUACCUGCCUUCUGAGUGGCUUCCAGGUCUCAAAGCUUUGCACUAGAAAUGCUUGGUGGAAGAUCACCUCUAGAUUCCCCAAGGGCUGUGGAUUCUGUGGUUGCCUUUUCUGGAUCCUGCAGCUCCUGGUCAAUGUUUAUGUGCCUUUGAGAGUGAUUGGCCCAAGACACAAACAAAAUGUUACUCUGCACAUGCGUUAUAGAUACUGCUCCACAGAAGCAGCCCCUACAAAACCAUUUGUACGUUUGUCACAGAUGAUCUUACUUACUUCCAUUGAUGUUAUGUGCUUGGUUUUCAUGACUUGGGCCAGUGCUUCCAUGGUUCUUGUCCUGCACAGACACAAGCAGAGGGUCCAUCACAUUCACAGCCACAUUGCCUCCCGAAGACCAGAUCAUGAGGCCAGGGCCACGGGGACCAUCCUUACCUUGGUGUGCAUGUUCGUCUCCUUCUACUGCCUCUCUGCCAUUUUCACUCUUUAUGUUGGUGUAAAUACAAAACCAGACCUGUGGCUGGUGGACACGACUGUGUUCCUGGGUGCAUGUUUCUCAUUUCUGAGUCCCUUUGUGCUCAUCAGCAGUGACACUCGCAUCACUCAGGUGUUUCAUUCCUACACUGAAUAA